AGGCCACCCGGCCCAACAUGCAUUGCGGUUCCAAGAUGGCGGCGCCCAGUGAGCGCAGAGGAAACCCGGCUUCUGACCCGGCCGCCGGCCCCGGCUCUUUCUCUUUCCCCCUGCCCGGGCCGCCGGGCGCCGGGGCGGAGGAACAGCCCAGGAAGAAGCCGUGCCGGGCCUGCACAGAUUUCAGGAGCUGGAUCCGGGAGCAACGGAAGCAGACGGCCUCGCAGAGCGGGGAAGCAUAUGUUGAAGAGGAGAAGGAGAAGCCUCCAGAUUGUCCUCUAGACAGAGAAGAACUUGGGAGAAACACAUGGUCUUUCCUUCACACUAUGGCAGCAUAUUACCCAGAUCACCCAAGCAGUUCCCAGCAGCAAGAUAUGACACAGUUCAUUAACUUAUUUUCCAAGUUUUUCCCUUGUGAAGAAUGUGCAGAAGAUCUGAGGGAAAGAUUACGCACAAAUCAGCCUGAUGCCAGCAGCAGGAAUAAUUUAUCCCAGUGGCUGUGCCUGCUUCAUAAUGACGUCAACAGGAAGUUGGGGAAGUCUGAAUUUGACUGCUCCCGAGUGGAUGAACGCUGGCGAGAUGGUUGGAAAGAUGGUUCCUGUGAUUAAUCUAUAGAGACUCUACAGGAAAUCAGACCAAUUCUAAUAUAAUAAUCAUCCCUGAUGUGAACUCAGUACAAGGAGAUGCAGCUAAAUAGUUUGUAUGUUUGGUUGACAUGACUUGUGGAAAUAAAUGUGUCUCCUGCUCUAAAAGGCAACUCAGAGAUCUUAUCCCAACUAAUAUAUGGUCAUGUAGCUGCUGGGACUGGCACCAUACAUGUGCCACAGGAACUGCCGGAACCUUGCAAAACUCUGUCAUUGUGACAAUUCACAGUAAGGAAAAGUCUCUCAAUUUCUAUAGUUCUAGGGGCACCUUGUGACUGCUGUUCCUUUCACUUUUUACAUACUCCUAGGCUCCUCUUCUACAUUUUUGUUUAUCUGCAAACAUUACCUUCAAGUUUUAGGCAGUGCCUUUCUUCCUCUAUGUCACUUCAGCCUGUUCUGCUGGUCUUACAACUGGCAGCACCACUACAAAUCCAUAAAUCUGCUCCAUUCUGUGCCUACCAUGUCAUCCUUGAUCUCUUCUUCCAAAGUCUAUGAGCUGUUGUCUGUUAAUGCUAUUUAACCAUUAAUUCACCUUGCUGAAAGGCCUCAAGGCAGAGAGAUUUUAUUUAAACAUUAAAAAUCAUGGAAUCCAGGUCUCUCAUUCCAGCCAUGAUAAAUAUCCUCAUUUUGUAUGUUCCUUUGUCUAAUCUUCCAAGAGGGCAUUGCAGGAAGAAAAAAGAAAGAAGCACAAAAACCCCAAGUAGAACGAAUGGCACGAAGUCAGUAGCUGAAUUUUAAACACUGUGAUUUGAUUGCUAAUUGUUUGGGUUCAUUGGGAGCAUGAUGUAAGAAUUCCCACGGAACCACCUGCUUUUAAAGUAUAUAUUUAUUUUUAAUCUCUGCUGUGAACUUUUGUUGUUUGUAGAAGUGGUUGCAAUGAUGUGUGUGUGUGUAUGUUAUCUGGUUGUAAUGAAGCCAAUUCAGAUGAGUUUUACAUAUAAGAGUGGUAAAAUACUGCCUGUGUUCUGAAAUCCUUGAUAGAUAAUAACAGACUGGACUGGUCUGUAUGCUCCUAAGGUGAAAUUCUGCCUUGGGCAGGCCCUCUGCUCUAAAGUUCUAUGUCUUGUUAGACAGUCUUAAAUAAUAUCUAGGGCUCUAGGCCCUGGAUUGUGGACUUAAAGUGGUGCAUGGUGUGAAAUUCACCCCUAGUAACUGGUCAAGUUCCAUAAUGUGUAUUGGGCCUCUAGGUCUGCACUACUGCAUCAGUAUAUUCUUGAGUGGGGUGUGUGAGAGAAUAUUUCAGAUGAUAGUUUAAAAUACUUAAGUUGCUUUGCUGGGCUUUGUCUAUGUAGACAAAUAUAAAUUGUUAGAAUUAGUGCAAGAUAGUAUGAAAUCUUUAAUAUCUUUUUUCCCUAAAUUUAUAAGGAUUUCUGGGUACCAAAUGGUCACGUGACAUUCUGUGACAUGUGACAGUAUCUUCUGGGUCUCUUUUCUGCUGAUGCUUUAAAAUUGUUUGAGGGUUUUUGGUGAGCAUCCUAAGUGUGUCGUCUUAUGAGCUACUUCAACAUAAGCAGUGAUUUAUGGAAGUAGAUUGGGGGUGGCAUGGAAAUUGUAAUGGGUGGUGUCUCUGUAAGUGAAGGGCGCUAAUACCUUCUAUUAGCAAACAUCUGAUUCCAAGACUAUGGUACCAAGGGCUCCUUGGAGGACAGUAAACAAUCAAAGCUUUGAGUGCGUUCAGAUGAUUUGACCCUCUAUUACCCUUUCAAGCCAGACCUGUUAAAACAAUACCAUACUGUGUUUUUAUCCAAGUUAGUUGCAUUCAGCAGGCAGUGUAUUUUAUCUCACUGUCUGCAAUAUUGAUCCUAUGUGUAACCUUUCACGCUAAUUAAACUGAAGCUUGAUUUCCUAUCAUUUUUAUGAUUUAACUGAAUUGGGACUUCAGGACAUGAUUCAGGUUAUUAAAAAAAGCUCAUUAAAAGUA